UUCUAUUUCGCAUUUCUUCCCGUAGCAGUUUUAUAAGAAUUCAGAGGAAACUACGUUACAGAAUGGAGGUGAUCCAUGCAGGCACUGGCGAGAUUAUUGGAAACCAUUCUGACCCAAACACCCUCACAGACUCAGAUUCAAGUGAACAGACUGGAUGUUUCAGAUGUCUGCGGCGUGGGAUCCCUCUGAACUGCAAAAAACAAUUUUCUCACUUUUCAAAAUUAGCUGGACUCAUGUGCGUUGUUCAGCUUCUGGUCUUUUUAAUACCUUUUGUCAGCACUGUAUUCUGUGGACAUCUGGGGAAGACAGAGCUGGCUGGAGUUACUCUAGCCACAUCUAUUGUGUCUAUUACUGGUAUUUCAAUUGGACAAGGAUUGGCAACAGUAUGUGACACAUUCAUAUCUCAGACCUUUGGGAGCAGUAACUUAAAGAGAGUGGGGGUCAUUCUGCAGAGGGCUAUCCUCAUUUUACUUCUGGCUUGUUGCCCAUGCUGGGCUAUUCUUAUCAAUACAGAGUCUAUCCUCCUGGCCUUCAAGCAAAGCCCAGAGGUGGCCAGGCUGUCCCAGAUGUAUGUGGAGAUCUUUAUGCCUGCACUACCUGCAGCCUUUCUGUUCGAGCUACAAGUAAGGUAUCUUCAAAGUCAGGGUAUACUAUGGCCCCAGGUAAUCGCAGGAAUUGUGGGAAAUGUCCUGAAUGCACUGAUCAACUACAUCUUUCUGUUCGUUCUGGACCUUGGUGUAGUUGGUUCGGCUGCAGCCAACCUGAUAUCCCAGUACUGCCUGGCUUUGUUCCUGUUUGCUUACAUUCUCUGUAAGGGUUUGCAUAAGCCCACCUGGGGAGGCUGGUCAGUGGAAUGUCUGCAGGAAUGGGGAUCCUUUGUCCGCUUAGCCAUACCCAGCAUGUUCCUGGCAUGUCUGGAUUUAUGGAUGAUUGAGAUUGGGGGAUUCCUAGCAGGUCUGAUCAGUGAGGUUGAGCUGGGAUCACAGUCAAUCAUCCGUAUGGUGGCUGGUAUUCCACAAAAGAUUUUUGUAGGCAUCAAUGCAGCUGCCACUGUGAUUGUGGGGAAUGCUCUGGGAGCUGGAAAUGUACAGCAGGCUCAGCUGUCCUGCAAGAUCUCCAUAAUAUGUGCAGUUGUGAUCUCCCUAUGCGUAGCAGUGAUCGUUGGGUCAUCAUCAGAUGCAAUAGCCAUUGUCUUCACAAAUGAUGAGGGUACGGCAAAACAGAAGAUCGGAGCAGCUUCUAUUCUGGUAUUUGGCUACUUUGUGUGCCUUCCCAUCGGUGCGUCGUUAAUGUUUGCAACAAAACUCAGAAUCACCGGUUGGUGGAUUGGUCUCUUCACUGGUUAUUUCCUGUUGGAUUCUUUCUGUUUUGCCAUUUUUGUCAAUAUUGACUGGAAGAAAGCUACAAGUGAGGCACAAGUCAGGGCUGGGGUACAGCCAGCAGAGACGAGAGAUCGGGGGCAGCCCAUGGAGAUGCAGGGUGGCUCUCAUGAAAUUACUCCGGACAACCAUGAAGAGGGGCACAGUCCCUGGCAGUUCAACUCUGACCUGGAGGUGCUGCAUGAGAGAGACAGCGGGACCCUCACUACAGUGGGGGAGGUGCUGACUUUCAGGCAGCUGUGUCUGCGGCGGGGGCUAGCGCUAUGCUCCAUGCUGGUCCUCCUAGCUGCAGGAAUCCUCACCAACAUGCUGCUCCCUGCAGUCUUCACAUCAGGGCUAAAUGAGACCUCCACCGUACCACCCACAGUGGACAACCUGUGGACUCACAAUACUAUGGACCAGACGGGCCAAGUAUGA